UUUCCCAGGAGAAACAUAAUUGGCUCUCUAAGAUCGGCAAAACGUUCGGUCUGGUCGGGUUUUUGGUAUGCUCCUGUUCUUGUCACCAUGCGGCACAGCGAACCGAGUCAGUUUCCAUAUUUUCGCGAGUGAACGUAGGUCGUCGUCGGAGGCCGUUCCGGCUGUGGAGAGAAGGAAGCGAAAAAAGGAAAUACUCAGUGGGUGUCGCGUUUUCCCUGCCAAUCAGAGCUGUGUGCGUGCUUUGUGCAAAUCUUUUCGAAAUUUCCCGUGCUUUUGUGUGGUUGGAAAAGCCAAAAUGUUAAGUGAAAAGUGAACCAAAAGCUAGUGGUAACGUGAAAAUUUAGUUUAGGCGAACUUUUAAAGUGUCGAAAAUCGGAGCAGCGAGUGUCCGUAUGAGGAAAUUUAGCAAGUUUGCUGAAACUCAGUUUCUGUCGAGAUAUACAAGAGCAUAAAUUAUCUAAUCUAAACCAAACACGUAUAAAAGCAAUUCCAUCAAUAUCCGUAAGUGCGUUGUGCUUCCAAUUUCGUCGUAGGAGAGUGGAAACCCCUACAAGUGAAGUAUUAUUUUUACAUCAAUUUCAACGAACUUCCCUUCGUGGUACCGGAAUGGGUGUUCUGAUGGUAGAAGGUGAUUUCGUAAUUCUAUGUCUGCGAUAUAAGUGAAGGCAAGUGGAUUUAUAGUGAGUUUCCAAGUGAAAAAGAUAAUCGGUGCUUUGUAUCAGCAAUAGUGCGAAUCUUUAGUCGGAGUACCACAUCGAAAAAUAAAGUGCUUGAAAGCGUCGUAAAAAAAAGUUAAUCAAACAUAAAAAUACCAGUGAAAAAAGUUAGUAAGUCGGUGAGUGAGCAUAAGAAAGGAGCACUACGGCAAUAAUAUUGUCCCAUUAGGAUGCCAUUCGGUCGUAAAUCGCCACUGGAGGCUCUGGCCAUGCCAGGAGCCAUUAUCGCCUACAAGUACAGCCAAUACCGGCAGCGCCGUCGUGAGGCUGCCAACCGACGGGUCACCGAACGGGAGCUGACAGCGUUGCAUAACAAAAUUGAAAAAUUGCUCAGCAAGUUAGAGGAGAGUGAACUGGAGCCACCAACAUCACAGGAGGAUGAAUGCGUCAUCUGUAUCAACGCCAGGGCCACGAUGCAAACCUCACCGUGUGGGCACCGAGUGGUCUGCAGGCGUUGUUUUGUUAAAACGAUUCAGAGUGCGGUAGCCCAACGUCUUCUGCCAUUGCGAUGCGUUAUCUGUCGCGCUCGUAUUAACAAACUCACAUCGGGGUCGACCUCCUGGCGACUGCAAGGUUCUGCAAGUAGCUAUUCGAUGAGCAGCAAAAGCUGGAGUGUCCCCGGAUCGGCCAGUUCGUACAGUGUUGACGAUCCACGGGUUACCCAAUCUGCAAGCCUGUACUCAAUGAGUUCCGGUUCAUCGUGUAUGUCGGGCAUUUCGAAUCUUUCCAACUGCUCUGGUACUUCCGGUAUGUCUUCCUCUUCCUCAAAUAGUGGCAUCGGAGAUCCUCAUCAGCAUCACCACACGCAUUCAAAUCUGGGCCACCAUCACAAGCACAGCAAUGGUACUUGUUCCAGUGGGUGUUUAGGUGCCAUUCCUCGGAAUCCUUCCUACCAACAUCAUCACAAGAAAGGACUAUAUUACUCUAAGAAUCGCUUUCCGGAGAUGCCAAACCGUUUGCCGCCAAUUAUUGAAUUUAAGAGUCCGACCAGACAUCGUACGCCUUCCCCUGCCAAUCCGGGUGCCAGAUUCAAAUACUACACACAACCAGGAAAACCUGCCAAUGCGGUGGUCGAAUCGAUACCACUGCUGAGCAUUGAGAAACCUUCCAAGCCGGGACCCUCUAAGUUGGGUCUCAACGGUAAAAUUGCCCCAACCGCUUCCAAGUCGCCAAUCAACAAAACCAACAUGGCGACCGGGAAACCGGUCACCACCUCUCUGAUAACGGCCAUUGGGACACCACCCAAGGCGCGGGUAGUUUCAGCAGCUUCCACUAGUCAUUCCAGCAGCGUUUGUAGCAGCAUUAAAAGCAAUAACUUCAGCAACAACAGUAAUAAUAACAGUAGCACGAUCAAGCAGGACGAAAAAUAUGACAAUAAGAAGAAUGAAACAAUCGAGAAAAAAAAGAAGGAAGAAAAACUAAAGCUCAAAGCGGAAAAGGAUGCUCGCAAGGAAGAAAAACGCAUCGCUAAGGAGGAAGAAAAACUAGCAAAAAUGCUCGCCAAGGAGGAGAAAAAACGCGGGAAAAGAGAAGCUAAGGAAUCGCUUCUGGCAAACGAAGGCGGCAGCCAGAAAUAGAGUUUAAGCUCCCGAUGGAGAAUCUCUAUCGUGAGGAAGUAUCGAACAGCCGGUAAAACACGCGAAACAAGCGACAGCAUUUGCUAAGCAAAUUGGCUCCAGGGAUUCACUAUUGAGUAGUUCAAUGAUUAUAAACGUUAGUAUAAUACAUACACUCUGCUAUAGGUUGUACGGUCAUUCCAGAUUUGUACGUGAAUGGUCCAAUCAUUAUUGCUGUACUAUCACAAAUUAGUAUUCCACCGCUGCUGUAAGUUUUAGACAUUUUUUCAUAAGAGAAGUACAUAUGUAAUGAAUCAAAUGGAGCUUUGUAAAAGCUAUGAAACAUUUAAUGUGAGAACUACAUAUCAACCAUACCAGCUUCCUUUCAAGUGCAUACUUCCAGUUAUUAUUUAUAUUUUCAGAAGAAAUGUCUUUAUUCAGGAAGUCAAUUCGUAUGAUUAGAUUGAACUAUUAAUUAGGUAAAUGCGCUAUUACGAGAGCAAUUUAAUUUUCACACGGACGUCCAGUUUUUCCUUAUUUCAAAGUUCAGCUUUUAAAUUAUGACAGCACUGUUAAUAGCAUUUAUUUAGAUAAUUUGUAGUCAACCAUAUAAUCUACACAAAACCGAUCGUAAUCCUUAAGGGGGCGUUCUCUCUCUUUGGACGGGAUUAAAAUAAGGCAAAGUCUUUUUGAGGCAUAAUAGAAAAGUGUAAAGUGUAGGUUUUUAUGGUUAAAUUCGUUUAUUAUUCAAAUCUUCAUAAACUGAUGUAUCAGUAAUUAUGUACAAUUUGCCUUCCGUAAAAUAUGCAUAACACUUUCAUUUGUGGAAAUAUUUUUUGGUGAACUUCAACCACGGUUUCCGCCAUGUUAUUAUUAAAACGAUUUUCUGUACGUGAACUAAAUCACAAGUUUACGAAUAUUUUGCUUAUACCAAAAGUUGACUAGUGGUUGUAUUCAAAGAGUUCGGAAAAUUAUUUAGUUCACAAAAUCAAAACAGCCUGCAUAUUUUCUCGCAAACAAUUCCCACGAAACUUGAAAUAUUGUUCCAUUCAAUCCCCGUGAACUAAUUCAUGAUUCCUAAUAAAUUAGUCGCGAUUCGAUAUCCGUGCUCAUAGAAUAGUUCAUAAAAUUAUAAAAUAAUAUUCAUUCAUAUGUGAACUGAUCCAUGAUUCCUAGCGUGGAGUAACGAGGGAAUUUUGGAACACUACCAUAUUUUGGACCACCCGACGAUGAUUUGUACAUAACAAAUUGAAAUAUUACUGAUAUAAGUUCACAACAAAUUAAAAUAUUGCUAAUGUAUCACUGAAAAUCCUAAGUAACCGAUAAGCAUUAUAACGUAGCCUAAUAUCGAAUUUAAUUCUACAUAUAUGGCAGACUUACAAAGCCAUUAAGCGCUAUAUUCUGAUAUAAUGCUGGUAUUGUGUCAGAAAAGGCGAAAUAUUAUUGCGCAGAGAUUGACAACCCAUUUUGGGGGUUACUAAUGCUAUAAUAUAGCACCAGUGUGUAAAUGUCAAAUUUGAAUGCCUGAUAUUGGCAUUACUCAUGCUAUUAGAAAGCUUCCAUUGUCUGUCAUUUUCCGUAAUGGUUUUGCAAACGAUUUCUUCUGUUUCCUUUUCGGUAUGAUGAACAUAAUGAAAAAAUAUUAAAAUACGGCUUAGAACCGUAAUUUACACUUCACGGCAAGUACGCUACUAAUGCUACCUAGGAUGCAUUACUUAUGGUCGGUGUUAAGUCAGACCGGACUAAGUCGAAAAACAUCAAAAAAUGAGAUAAUGAUAGCUCUGGAUAAAGAAUAUCGUCAGCUACAUUCGACUUUUGCCAGAUUUGAAAUAUGUAACAAUAAACAAUAAUUAUAGCAAAAAUAAAUUUCCAAUCAUAAUGUAAAGGAUGCUGCGAUUGAAACAUUAAACUCGUUUUUCUCGAUAUCAAUAUUUUGUCACUUCGUCCGGUCUGACUUAACACCGACCAUAUGUUCCUAUGAAAUGAAAUAGGCCGAAUAUAAUUUUCAAGAGAUGUUGCAUAACCACACCCACAGCAUCGCAAUAGCAUUAUAUCGGCUUUAUGUUUGCUUUAUAAUGGCACUAUAUGCAUAUGUAAAGCAUACAUGCUUCAAAGACCCUUGAAGCAUGUACGCGUUAUAUCAGCUUCAUAUACAUAUACAGAGCAAGCGAUAAUCUUAUAUUACGGCUGUGCCUAUAUGCAUUUAUGAUGCUCAUAUAGAGUUCGAUUGCAUUGUAACUACUACAAUAGAGUUUCAUUACAACAUUAGUGCAAAUGUAUAGCCAACAUUGUGCAAUGGCCUAAUGCUUAUGGUUACUUGGGUUAUCAUGCUAGAAAUCAAACUCCCGUUAUAUUCUGAGUGCAAUGACACAAUUGGAAUUGAAUUUAAAAAAAUUAAUUAUGUUUUCACAUGCCAGUUCAACUGGUCUAAAAUUACCAGGAGUUGGCAUGAUUGUAACCAACAUCGAAGAGUUAUUAAUUCUAAAGUGUAUACAUGCAAAUACCUUUAUUAUGCUUAUAAAAUGCACAAGAAAUAGUUUUCAGGUUCAAAAAUGCGGUUAGAUGUAUUAAAAUGAUUAUUUUUGGUAUGUCCAAAAUCUGUUAACAACAUAUCAUCGCAAUGAUCCCAAUUAGCUAUGCACCUCUUAGCAUAUCUGGUCUGCAUUUGAAAAAGUUUACAUUCUGUUCCCAGAAUAGCACUUCUUAAUCAAUCAUGCACGAGUUUAUCACACAAACUAAGAUAUGAGAACAUUUAGAUGGUCCAAAAUAUGUUUUAAGAUCGGUCCAAAUAUGUCUGCAGCAAUGGCUCAAAGACCAAAAUAUGCUUUGUUGACAAUCCAAAAUAAAAUUGAGUGGUCCAAAAUAAGAAAAAGGCGCCACGCCACGAUUUAUCACUUUCCCAAGUGUUUACGUUUAUUUGACUAUUUAGAACACUGCAUAUCGAAAAUCAGAUAAAGCCGUACAAAUUAGCAUAUUAAGGGGUUAUAUAUGUUGAGAUGCGGGAAAAAGGGAAAAGCUUGAAUUUUUAUAAAGGUAUGUAGCCAUAUUUUUAUGAAAUACUGGUUAUACAUUUAGCGUAGUACAAUGUCCAACAUUGUCCAAUUCCUGAAAUUACAUUGUCCAAUUCCGGAAAUUCUGGUGAGCCAAUUGAGUGUUGUUUGGGAGUGGAGGGGUACAAUCUUUCUUGUGAACCUAGAUGGUUUUUGAAUCUCGUUGUCCAAUGUCCAUCGAAAUACUUAAGA